AUGCAUGAAGACGAGUCACGUACUGUUAUCAUUAAUAUAAUAAAACCAAGAAGACUCACAGAUAGUAAUUAUAACAAUACCAUAAAAUUGAAGCGUAGAAAUAGCAUACAAGCUGUAAAAAAACGAUUGAAAAAAGGUUCUAGUGUAUGUCAGACAUGUUUUGUACCUGAUAUUGAACCUUUACCAGCAGCCACAUUGAAAAAGGAUGCAGUUUUGUUGCCUUACGUACUCUAUACGAGAACACAAGAAAAGCAGAUAUUCCGAAAACGUAUGAGUAUGGGGUUACGUGACAGUUACAAAGCUGUUUAUGCAAAAAUUAUGAACCGUAUUCAUAUAGAUGAUCCACCCGACGAUGUUCUGACUGUAACAGGCUUCGAUCCUGGAUUUUUCCAAUGCGUCAGUACAACUAUUUUAUCAAAGUAUAUAGCUCCGUACAAAUCCCUCAAAUAUUCCUUUAACACUCAGUUAAGGUUGAGACAAGAAUGUGGUUAUAGAAAUGAUUGUAUGUUAAACAUUGAAUCAAAUUUUAAGAGAGAACAGGAAACUUAUGAUGAAGCUACUCAAAGAUAUAUGGAACAAGUUAAAUAUUUCGAAGCUUUCAUUUUGGCUGACUAUCUCAAGUCUAUGGUGUACCUCAAUAGAUGGGAAGAGUUGGCAUUAGCACUGAACAAGGUUAAUUUUGAAUAUCAAUGUCUUGCUGCAAAAAUGUUUACAAUAACUUCGAGGAUAGUGGGGCUAGAUUACAGGUAUGGGCUGCAGCAAAAAUAUGGGAGAUGUUUGUAUUACCUCUCGCCUCCAAGUUGGCGGUACAAGAAUAGGAACUUUGCUCGAUCUGUAGAGAUAGAAGCGAAAGGUUUUGAUUUUGGGAUAUCCAAGGAAGAGGAUACAUUUAGUGUUAUGUUUGAUAAGCUGCAAAUGGAGUGCUACAGUGGCCUUGUUAAACCAGUUCUGUACUUUAAUCAUGCUGCCGAUUUAAUGAAAUUGUUUGACGGAAUAGAGCAACAACAUUUGCAUCAUUUUACGCACGUGGUUCAACUUGCGCCUCAUACAACAUUUUUAAAGAAAGGAAUAAAACUCUUUAAUGACAUUAUUGCUCAGGAUAGUGCAGGAAUUCUUGCUAUAAUUAAAGAGUUCAAAAAAUUGUUAGAAUUCAGCGAGGAUCAAGGAUCCCAGCUGGAGGCAAAAUUCUAUAAGAUAAUCAAUGGUUUUUUUUACGACUGCGUUGGUGCUCCAGAAGUCUUAAAAUUUCAGUUGCACUUAGAAUUUUGUUAUGAAAAAAUACAUAAUGAAAAACCUAUAAAUAUGGAUUUAGUGGGAACUGCUAAGGCUUUAGAAGAUUUUUACAUGGACUAUUCCAAACGGUUGGAUGCGGUAACAGGAGAAAAAAUAAAAGCCGCUAUGGCUGUGUAUAUUAACUCAGAACGACAGCAAUUCAAAGAAGCCAAAGACGCGGCAAAGGAACUACGACAAUUCAGACGUUUGGAGCUUACCUUGCUUCGAGCGCAUGCGCUACCGAGUACCGCGCAACCAAAAUACAACUUUACUAGAAACCUAAGUUUGAGAAAAAAAAAGAAGUUACCCAAAACAAAAUGCGAGGAAUACAGAAACAGUCUCACCGAAGGUGAAUUAGAAUAUCUGACAUUGUUUACUGAUUGGACAGAAUUAGAGGAUCCUGCUAAGUACUUACAAUGUCGCAGUAUGUCACACGUCGAUACAGGACAUACUAACAAGAAGUAA